UUUCCCUCUUAGUCCCACUUCAGAUGGUGCUGCAGCGGCAAUUUUGGCUAGUGAAGCAUUUGUACAGAAGUUUGACCUGCAACACAAAGCUGUGGAAAUUUUGGCACAAGAAAUGGUGACUGAUUUGCCAAGCUCAUUUGAAGAAAAAAGUGUCAUUAAAGUGGUUGGCUUCGAUAUGAGUAAAGUUGCUGCCCAAAAAUGCUAUGAGAAAUCUGGCUUGGGACCAAGUAAUGUUGAUGUAAUAGAACUUCACGACUGCUUUUCUUCCAAUGAACUCCUUACUUAUGAAGCACUGGGACUCUGUCCAGAAGGACAAGGUGGGACACUGGUUGAUAGAGGAGAUAAUACCUAUGGAGGAAAAUGGGUCAUAAAUCCUAGUGGUGGAUUGAUUUCAAAGGGACACCCACUGGGAGCUACAGGUCUGGCCCAGUGUGCUGAACUCUGCUGGCAGCUCCGAGGGGAAGCCGGAAAGAGGCAAGUUCCUGGGGCAAAGGUGGCUCUGCAGCACAACCUAGGCAUUGGGGGAGCUGUGGUCGUAACGAUCUACAGGAUGGGUUUUCCCGAAGCUGCCAGUUCUUUUCGAACUCAUCAAAUCGAGGCUGCUCCAACCAGCUCUCCAGGUGAUGGAUUUAAAGCAAAUGUUGUCUUUAAGGAGAUUGAGAAGAAGCUUGAAGAGGAAGGGGAACAGUUUGUGAAGAAAAUUGGUGGUAUUUUUGCCUUCAAGGUGAAGGAUGGCCCUGGGGGGAAAGAGGCCACCUGGGUGGUGGAUGUGAAGAACGGCAAAGGAUCGGUGCUUCCUAACUCAGAUAAGAAGGCUGACUGCACGAUCACAAUGGCUGACUCUGACUUACUGGCUUUAAUGACUGGCAAAAUGAAUCCUCAGUCGGCCUUCUUUCAAGGCAAACUGAAAAUCACUGGCAACAUGGGUCUGGCUAUGAAGUUGCAAAAUCUUCAGCUUCAGCCAGGCAAAGCUAAGCUGUGAAGAAGUCCCUUUGACUACUUUUGAAAAUCAAGAUGAAAUAUAUAGCUAACAUAUCCAUAUAUUUCAUUGUGAGAAUUUAGACUGAAACUUUACAUUGGCAAAUUGUGUGAGACAGAUUUGUUUUUCAGUUGUAUGACCAAUCCUGUUUUUCCUAAGCUCUGGGUGGAUAGAGCCUGAUGGUGUACUGCUGCCUUGCUGAGCUGCAGACAACUGUGCAUUACAAAGUUAAUAUGGUAAUUAUGGUUUGGGGUAAAACUGAGUUUCAGAAUAAAAUUAGGAAGAAUAAAAUCCAAAAAAUUAUGUAGAUAAAAGCUCUUAUUAUGCUUAUAAAGUAUAUUUAGGGAUUAUUCUGCUGAAUAUUCAAUUUAAGAGUUUUCCUUGGGAGAACUAGUAAAGAAACAGUUCCAAUAACUGGUCAGUAAUUAGUGUUGUGCACUUAAUGACCUUAAUUAAUGUCUCAUAAAUAGUGCUGAAAAUUCUGCACUGGGAUGAU